AUGGCGAACGGACACGGGAUCGCAAUUGCAUGCCAGCCGGGCAGCAUGGCGAACGGACACGCCAGCGGGGCAGCCUGGCGAAUGGACACGCCAGCCGGGCAGCUUGGCGAACGGACAAGCCAGCCGGGCAGCAUGGCGAACGGACACGGGCUCGCAAGAGCACGCCAGCCGAGCAGCACGGCGAACGGACACGCCAGCCGGGCAGCAUGGCGAACGGACACGGGCUCGCAAGAGCACGCCAACCGGACAGCAUGGCUUACUCGCUCACUGGAUCAUUCACUCACUACCUUACUCGCUCACUCACUGGCUCACUCGCUCACUGGAUCACUGACUCACUCGCUUGGUCACCGGCUCACUCGCUCACUGGAUCAUCGGCUCACUGACUUCCUCGCUCGCUCACUGGCUCACUCGCUCACUGGAUCACUGACUCACUCACUUGCUCACUGGCUCACUCGCUCACUGGAUCACCGGCUCACUGACUUACUCGCUCGCUCACUGGCUCACUCGCUCACUGGAUCACUGACUCACUCACUUGCUCACUGGCUCACUCGCUCACUGGAUCACCGGCUCACUGACUUACUCGCUCGCUCACUGGCUCACUCGCUCACUGGAUCACUGACUCACUCACUUGCUCACUGGCUCACUCGCUCGCUCACUGGCUGA